CAACUUUUAGUCUGCCUUUUAUCAUGGCCUCUUCAUCUUCGGCUGGCGAUUUUUCAAAUGAAAAAUCAGAUUUAAGGAACGUAGUGGAAAAAUCUUCAUUAAAAUGGAUUUUUGUUGGAGGCAAAGGAGGUGUUGGGAAAACCACAUGCAGUUGCAGCCUUGCUAUUCAACUAUCAAAAGUAAGAGAUUCAGUGCUCAUUAUAUCAACAGAUCCGGCACACAAUAUAUCUGAUGCUUUUGAUCAAAAGUUCUCUAAAAAUCCUGCUAAAGUGAAAGGUUUUGAUAAUUUAUACGCUAUGGAAGUUGAUCCAGGCAUUGGUUUUGCAGAAAUGGCUGAAAUGUCUUCUGCUGAGGAAGAAGAAGAAUCAGUACCUAGUACUUCAACUAAAUCAUUUGUUCAAGAAAUCUUUGGGACGUUUCCUGGUAUAGAUGAAGCAGUGAGCUAUGCUGAAGUUAUGAAGUUAGUUAGGGGGAUGAAUUUCUCAGUUGUUGUUUUUGAUACUGCUCCUACUGGCCAUACUUUAAGGUUAUUAUCAUUUCCUCAUGUUAUAGAAAAAGGAUUAGGAAGAUUAUUGAAAUUAAAAAUGAAAAUAUCCCCUCUAAUUACACAGUUGACAUCAUUAUUUGGAAUGGGAGAAUUUAACAUGGACACUGUUUCUCUGAGAGUUGAAGAACUUUUAGAAACAAUUAGACACAUCAACCAACAAUUCAAAAACCCGGAGUUGACAACUUUUGUAUGUGUUUGUAUAGCUGAGUUUCUUUCCAUAUAUGAAACUGAAAGACUAGUGCAAGAAUUAGCUGAAUCCCAUAUUGAUACACAUAAUAUUAUUGUAAAUCAGCUUAUUCCUUCACCGCUGGCUAGUAAAGUACCUUGUGCAAUGUGUACCUCUAGAUUUAAACUUCAGUCAAAAUAUUUAGACCAGAUAUGUGAUCUGUAUGAAGAUUUCUCUAUAACAAAGUUACCAUUAGUGGAUGAAGAAGUGAGAGGGGUAACCAGCAUAGCUCGUUUUUCACAGUAUCUCAUUGAUCCAUGGAGUCAAUAAAAUUAAAUAGCUAUACUUAAAUUUUUUCUGUUAAGUUAUUAUUCAUUCCUUGCUAAAUUAAUUUUCUAGAUUUAAUCAAUAAAUGUUUCUAUUUGAUUUGUUUGGUUCGUUCCAUGUCUUGUCAUUUUUUUUUUC